AUGACUUAUAUCAUUAAUAUUCCUGCACCAACUACAGCAUUUGAUCCAAACUCGACGGUUUGCAGUGUACCUUUCAUAAAGUCGCAAACGGACUCUUUGAGUCCUGAAGGUCUUUCAGACCGAAGCGACCAGGGCGAAGCCCAUGACAGUUCAUUAAUUGCUUUAAGGGAUUCGACAGUAAAUGAAUCAUUAAAGGCGUCAUUAAUGAAAAUCAUUGAUUUUAAUUCAUUCAUGAAUACAUAUAAUUCAUUCAUUAAUGUUUCAUAUGCUUCUAAAGAAGGUGAGCCAAAAACUAUCGAUAAAGCGGUGUAUGAAAUAAAAGCAUCAACGACGAAAUUGAAUUCGUUAACUUUUGACGGUGAUAGUUUCGUUAAUGACAUAACAUCGGGGAAAACAAUUUUAACGAAAGAAUAUUUAAAAUCUCAUGUUAGUGAGUUCGUUGAAAUUGAAAAAGAAGGUGGAAUUAAGUUCGAUCCACUGAAUUUCAUUUUCAGCUUAGCGAAUGCGGGUAUUAAUUUUGCUGAAUGGACAACAAUACAGAGUGAAAUAAAUGCAAUAUGGACGUUUUUGGGGUCAAAAGCGGGAAUGGGUGAGCUUGUAAAUGCUGCAAGAACAUUAGGUGAAACAGGAAAUUUUGUAGAUGGUUUUAAAAGACUUGUUUCAAAUGUUUUAACAAACACAAAGAAAUUAUUUAGAUAUACCAUACAUAACGGUCAGAUUUUCGAACAGGUAGCAACAAACCCUCCGGUUAUGGCUGCGUUGAUGAUGGUUAGAGAUAUAAAACCACGUAACGACGGGAACGAAGAACAUGAACAACAGAGCCCAACGGGCUCAGAGCCACAUAGUGGCGAGGAUACUGGUCGGGUUAUUCGAGACAUUAAAAACGUGUAUCCUGAAGUUAUUGAUUUAUUUAGAGGAGUUAAUGAUUCAAUUUCAAAACAUUCUAUAACCCUCGAUGAAGAGAAUAAAUUAACAGAUUAUAUAUUC